UUAUUAAUAGUUUCAAUACAAUUAUUUGAUUCAUUAUUUUUCGUUUUUAACUGUACCCUUUCUGUGUAAUUUUAGAAACGUUAAUGAAGAAAUUCAGAUCCUUAAGGAUAAUUUACAAGGCAAAUCGACAAAAAUUGGACAAAUUGAAGAGUGGUAGUGGCUGUGAGGGUUAUAUAGUCCCGUGGAUGUACUUCAAAAGCUUAGAAUUUUUAAAGGAUUCAGACGAGUGUUUCAUUAGCAAGACUAAUUUAGAUGAUAGAAUGGCCACGAAUGCUGAAGUACAUGAAGGCACUUCAGUAAUAAAUGAUUCAGAAGAUAUGAACAGUAAUAUGAGUGUGCGUAUGAAAGAAGUGGUACAAGAAGAGCACUCAUUUAUUUCAGAUCGCCAGUAUUCAGAUAUUUCUAGUACACCUUCUUCACCAAAUGAUAAUGCGGAUGAUCCUGACGAUUCUGCCGUCAAAAAACUGCCAAUCUCUGCAUCUACUACCACAAACCCAUCUUCUGCACCUAAUUUAGUUUAUGGGACUGGAACUGACUUUUCAACGCCUCAUGCUCAGAACGGCAAAACAAAGAGAAAAUUUAGCCCAUUAGGAGCAGCAGUUGGAAAAAGUACUAAAAAGCAAAAAGUGAUACGUGCGGAUGAGAAGCUUUUGAUGGAAGCGUGCAAAACUCUUAAUAAUAUCAACUCAUCUGCACACAAUAACCAUUCUCUGCAGCCUGGGCAUGAGGCGUUUGGUCGAUAUAUUGUAUCCAAAUUGGGAGAAUUUAAUCAUGAUUCCGAGAGAAAUAAGUGUGAAAAAGAAAUUGUAGAUGUAAUAAUGAAACAUCUAGAGGCUGAUUAGACAAUAAUUUAAUUUAUUUUAUAUUACUUAAAUAAUUAUGAACAAAUUUUAAAUUUAUUGUUAAUAUUU